AUGCAAACAAAGUUAGGCUCAGACAAUCGAAGACUUGAACUUGGGACACAGGAGCACUCAGGAAGGAGGAGAGUAGCAAGUACCGACAGCAGUACAAGAACAAGUAGCAGCACACCAAACAGCAGCAGCACUAGCGUUCUCGACCAGCAGCAGCAUCAGCAGCUACAGCUACAUCAGCGCCGUGCAUCCCAGCAUCAGCAUCAGCAUCCCUACGACUUCCCCACAACAGUAGGUACGUGUACCGACAGACUGACCGCCACUACCGAGCCCGGGCCCAUGUCUGUAUCGCCGUACUCUCCCUGCUCGCCGGAGGUGCGAUUCCCCAUCAAAGAGCAGCCGUCAUAUUUCGAAGCUCCCUCGGCCGUCACUUCAAAUACACACACAAUGAAGGCUCGCAGUCAAUCGCCGACAACCGAGCAGAUACCUCCACCAAUAGCGCUGCCAUCACUCCAGCUGCGUCGUCCCUCGCUACCCAUCACUUCGCUGGCUCGAGAAACGCCGUCCCAGAUCCGGGCGCUGACUCCAGACCAGCUGGUGGACUUGCUACAGCAAGCUCCAGGCGCCACUGUGGUCGACAUCAGACCCUACUGCGACUACACACUGUCGCGGGUGAAAGGCGCCCUUCAUUUCUGCAUCCCGUCCACGUUCCUCAAACGGGCCUCCUACUCGUUCCGACGCACGGUCGACAACAUGCUCCCCGAGCAGCGCCAUGCCUUUGACAACCUGGCCGACCUGCCACCUCUGGUGAUCUACGAUCGCAGCAGCGAGCACUUACAGACUUCUCAGAGCAACCUGUACCAUACGCUGAUGAAGUUUGUGACUGCUGAGGGCUGGCCUGCAGACCAAACUGCCCACUACUUAGUCGGAGGCCUAGAUGCCUGGAGCAGGAACGACAGAGUAGCAGCAAACGGGCUACUUGACUCGGAAAUGUAUAAAUGCGAGGGCCGACCACCAGAGUUUGGAGCCAUUGGAUUCACUCGAGCCACAGCCAACCUCGCAGACGCAAACGCCAUCCCCUUCCCGCUCGUCACGUCGGGUCUGAGACAAAACCCGCUUUUCAAGUCCGUGCGGGCAGCAAUGGAGGUCCAGGACGAUGAGUACAUUGAAGUGCAACUGCCUGUGGACCUCGAGCCGUCAGACAACCACCCGGACUGGGUCAAGACGAUUCUUAGUGACCCUCUGGAAGCCAGCAAAAAGAUGGCUGCCGAGUUCCGGAGUCUGGAGCAGGCGGAAAAGAACCGGAUGUUCGGCGCGCUGUCCAUUAAGAGCGACUCGGAAAACUACUUUGAUCGACGUUACUCCAUUUCAGGAAUCGAACUGGGCGUCAAAAACAGAUACGACAACAUUUAUCCUUAUGAACACACCCGGGUCAAAUUGGCUCGAAAAACCCAGGGAUGUGAUUACAUUAAUGCCUCGCACAUUUCCUCAGCACACAGCAAGCGGGUGUAUAUCGCCACCCAAGCGCCUCUGCCUGAGACGUUUGCAGACUUCUUCCACAUGAUCUGGGAGGAAAAGGUGCCUGUCAUUGUGCAACUGGCUCCCGAGUUUGAGGGAGCCAUGCUCAAGUGCCAUAACUACUGGGGCGAAGGAACGCAUGGACCUUACACGGUGCGCGUGAUUGCCACCAGGAAGGAGGACGUGGACACCAAGGACAACAUUGUGGCUACCAUCCGGACAUUUGAAGUGUCACGAGAGGGCGUGGUGCGGCAUGUGACGCAGAUCUUCUACGAUGCUUGGCCCGAUUUGGGCCGGCCUGCAAACCCCGCAGACCUCUUGAGGUUGAUGGAGCUCAAGGACGGUAUUUUGAAACAUGCCAAGCUUCCCGUGGACGGUACCAAGGUGGUUGUACACUGCAGUGCCGGGUGUGGCCGGACAGGUACUUUCUGUGCCAUUGACAUUGUGUGCGACAUUUUGCAACGCGGUGAUCCUCAGUACCAGCAUAAGGAUGUGGUUGCCGAGGUAGUUGCCGAAUUGCGAACCCAGCGAACCUCAAUGGUCCAAAGUCUGCGGCAGUAUGUCUUGUGCUACGACUCUGUUCUUGCCUGGUUGGCUAAGCGACAGUAG